GGGCCAGAGGUACCUCCUUCCGCCGGUGUCUUUUCUUCAUUCCGGUCACGCUGUCAUCAGGUCACCGGCUCCCGUGCUGUGACCGACAAACCAGGGGGGAUAAAAUGAAGAUCUGGGCGUCAGAGCACAUUUUUAACCACCCAUGGGAGACUGUUACCAAGGCCGCGAUGCAGAAAUACCCCAACCCCAUGAACCCCGGUGUUUUUGGUGUGGAUGUUCUGGACAGAAAGGUUGACCCUGAUGGACGCCUACACAGCACUAGACUGCUCAGCACAGAGUGGGGUCUCCCUGCUAUAGCCAAAUCUAUUAUUGGGGUCACAAGAACAUGCACUUAUGUUCAAGAACAUUCAGUAGUGGACCCCAACCAGAGAACGUUUGAGCUGCAAUCAACUAAUAUUUCAUUCACCAACCUGGUAUCUGUGGAUGAGAAGCUGACGUAUAAACCACAUCCACAAGAUCCAGAGAAGACUGUUCUGACCCAAGAGGCUCUCAUUAGUGUUAAGGGUGUCAGUCUGAGCAACUACCUUGAGGGUCUGAUGGCGAAUACCAUCUCUGUUAAUGCCAGCAAGGGCCGGGAGGCGAUGGAGUGGGUCAUCAGACGGUUGAACACAGAGAUCGAGGAGCUGGCGGCCACUGCUCGAGGUUCCAUGCGCGUUCCCAUGGCAGCAGCUGCUGCAGACCAAUGAUGACUGCUUUCUUUCAAAUGACUCCAUCAAUCAGUGAACUUCUCAGAUGUUUCCUCCCAAAGAGGACUUCCCAUCUCUUCUGCCAGAACAGCCCUGAAAACCAGCCCCCUUUUUGGUCCGUGUUUCCGUUAACUCUCCUUCCUCAGCAGCUUGAACCGGCAGCUCUUCAGCACGUCUGUCGGUCAGUGACUUGGAGUUUUGUGUUGAUCAAAGGGACGUUGGACAGCACUUAAAGCUCACAGGAUUCUGUCUAUGAAAAACCUGUUUUUUAAUUCACUCUGUGCCUACACAUCAUCUCAUUCAUCUAAAUCUUUAACAUUACGGUAAUAAUUUCAAGACCUGUUACGUAAAGCUAAAUUGAAGUUGCUUUUAAAAGAUGGGGGACUCUUGCCUUUUAGAGCGGACCACACGUUUUUUUCUUUAAGUGCUCAUUUCUUUAUUGAACUGGAAACAGAUUGUUGGUGCUUUAUCUCAGCUAGUAUGGCAUCCAUCAGCUUGAGUGGAAGUAUGUUGGUUCUCUGGGUGCAGCUUUCCUUGAAGAGCUGGGUCUAGUCUACACCAAUCCAGAACAGAGCACUGCAGAGGGGAAACUUUGGCCGGAUUUGAGCCAUUUAAAGAAAAUGGAGGCAGAUGCAGGUCCAUGUGCAAUAGCUUCUAGCUUUUGUCAUGUGGCUCAGCAGAUGACGUCACUUUCAAAGGUCUUCGUUUAGUUUUUGAUUUAAAACAAAAUAAGUUUUUUCAAUGUUUGUUUACGGUGUUAUGUAGUGUACUAAAUUGUUAUGGUUUAAGUAUGUUCAUACUUGAAUGUUUAACUUAUUUAACACACAUGUACAUAAGUUGCAGAAAGUUCUUGAAGGGCACAAGCAUGUUUUAAAGAAUAAAAGUGUGGGUUUUCACUGCUUUAUGUGCAGUGUCUUUGUGCCAACAUGAGCUACAAAAAUCUUCCCUAACCCAGUUUCUAUGUGUAGUUUCAUCUUCCUGUAUGUAGGUGUUGUUCUGUAUUACACUGGAAGGCGUUUUUUUGCAUUUCAGAAGGUGUCUUUGUGUUGUCGUCCGUCUCGGAGCACUCUCAGGUUUUACCCAGCUGCCCAUGGUUUGAUCUCCGCAUGGAUUGCUCAAAAACCAAAGGGAGGAUGUUAGGUCUUUAAAGGCUUUGCUUUUCAAACACAUGUACAGAAGGAAGUUUACAUCGUGGUGUGAUCAUUUCAAACAUUUAUUUUGUUACUCUAGAGCUCGACACUAUUGCGAGUCUUCCAAAGCACUCGGUUGACGGUUCAACCUUUUUGAAAAACUGAUUAUCCUGAUGGGAAUGUUCGAGACAAACAUCCGCUGUGGUCCCGUCCAACGUCCACACUGUCACGUUUGAACAAACUAGUGGGAUGUUUUUCUGUUGAGCUUUUUAACAACUGUGGCUAUUAAUAUAUUUGUAUCUUGAUGGUGGUGCGUUCCAAGAAUGUAAACAAAAACAGAAUGAGCACUGCAUUGUUUCAAAAUAAAGAGAUGUCAUUGUUUUAA